AGAAAGAGGCACACAUGGAUUCAGGGUGCGGAGUUUGUGUGUUUGUGCGCGUGUGUGAAGAGCUGAAUAUACACAAGGGCCAGGGCUGCGGUUCACAAGAUAGAGUCACUUACCUGUGCGGAACGAAGAGUGGAUUGGGAAUGGAACAGUGCCAACGACCCAAAUAGCGUUGAGCGAGUGUGCCCGCUGGAUGAACGCAGUCUUUUUAUGUUUCUAAAAAUUCGGGGGGAGGGGGGCUUGCGUUUGGAUGUUUUGAGUGAAGGUCAAUUUGGACUUUUAAUUCCUACGCUUUUUGUGUUUCUCACCAGGAUUUUAUUACUGAAGCUCAAAGGAAAGAUAAAGUGAAAGUAUGUGCCAAGAAAAUGACUCCCAGAGAUCCAACAAGUGUCUGAAUGAAUAUUCUGACUCUGCGUUUAGCCUACGACUGGACUAAAACAGAGGAUUUAAGCACGCUUAAUAAUCUAAUUUUCUUUGUCUCUCGCUUACUGCAGUGAGAAAACCCGCUGUUUGGAUUCGCUUGUUGCUCUGAAACCUCUCUGGCGGUGUCUCAUCAGAUGGAGCCGCCGUGAUGUAUUUUGUUCAGUUAAGAAGCUAACCAUUAGUGUGGCAUUGUUGCCAAUUUUCAAUAGUUACAGAUUAAUUUCUUCCGUCUAGGGUAGAUACAUUUUGCGAGUAACAUACAACUGUUAACUCUCCAGAGAAAUACAAAAGGUACUGUGACAUACAUGUCACGUUUAGGCAACUGAAGGAAUUAAAUGAUCCAAUCCUGUCUCCUGCCUCUGAAACCUGUGGCCAAAGCGGAUACUUGCUAUCAAUGGACUUAACCAUCCGCACCCUAUUUGAAAGUGGGGGAAAGUUGUGAACGACUCACCGAAGAACCACUCUAUGAAGACCAGGGCACAGGUGGUAACCCCAGACCGUCACCGCAGCCAUGCCUAUCAUGCAUCCAAUCAACUCCAAUUUGAUGUACCGGGGCAUCUGCACCAUCCCGGACAUGCUCGCCUACCGAGCACCGGUCACACUGCCCGAGGACGAGGUGGAAGAGAUUCGAGAGGCCUUCAAGGUGUUUGACCGCGAUGGUAACGGGUUUAUUUCCAAGCAGGAGCUAGGUAUGGCCAUGAGGUCCCUGGGUUAUAUGCCCAAUGAGGUGGAGCUGGAGGUCAUCAUACAAAGACUGGACAUGGACGGUGAUGGUCAGGUGGAUUUUGAGGAGUUUGUCACUCUCCUUGGACCAAAGCUGACAGCAGCCGGAAUGCCUGACAAGUUCCAUGGAACCGAUUUUGAUUCUGUAUUCUGGAAGACCGAUAUGCAGAAGCUGACAGUGGAGGAGCUGAAGAGGCUGCUGUAUGAUACGUUCUGUGACCACCUAACUAUGAAGGACAUUGAGAACAUCAUCAUGACUGAGGAGAGUCACAUAGAGAAUCCAGGGGCCUGCCAGGUGGAUAUAGACACUAGUCCAACACAGCAAGUAAAGCAAACGUGUGUACGCAAGAGCCUAAUAUGUGCUUUCGCCAUCGCCUUCAUCAUCAGCGUCAUGCUUAUUGCAGCCAAUCAGGUGCUGCGGAGCGGCAUGAAGUAGGCAGGGGCAUGCCAGCCCACUCUAAGAGACUACUCUAAGACACCCGGACAACUGACUGAGUUAAAGCUUUGAGACAACAACAGACAAUCGAAGUGUUAUUAAAAAUAAACCGACAGGAAAGCAUUUGUGUGUUAAUGGCUCUCAUCCAAGUGACUUCAUUGGCACCCUUUCUGAACUUGCUCCUUAAACUCCUACUCUGCCUGGAGGAUGACCAUCAUCUGUGCAUGAAGUGCAUGGAUUUAAUCGGUUGUUUCUUGAAACACUUGUAAAUGUUGUUAUCAGUGUGUAUCCAUAUGACUGUGUAACAAACAUAGGCGUGUUAUAAUUCACUCACGACCAACAGUGACCACUACUGUUAAUGGGGGUUAGGGUCAGAAGUCAAGGGAUCAGGUUAUAGGUGAAAGUUCAUGGGUCGGGAGAGGGAAGUGAUGAUGUUUAUUUUUAUGUAUUUUUACGUCUGUACUGUGUACCAAAUCAACAACGAAACAAAAAAGUGAAUAUUUCAUGAAAUAAAUAUUUUACAGUUCUGCAUGAACAGAAGGGCUGUUUAAUAGACAACAUGCUCACCUUGUAAAAGUCGUUUUUGGGGAACUGUUCUUAUUGACAUACUGUGGAUUAUUAGCUUCACUGAGCACCCCGUUCUUAGUGCCAUAGAAAAACAAAAGGCUCAGAUGUGAUGGACUUGUAUUAGCAUAUCACUGAGAAUUCAUACAGUAUGCUUGAUAUGUGACAUAUAUACGUAACAACAUACAAAGAAGAAUGUCCGCACUGUAUAAGAAAACGAUGUAAUGGAAUGUAUUUUGUUCUCUGUUGGUGUGUUCAGUCCAAAUACAUUGCUAUAUUGAGCAAUAAGUCAUGAGUAUACAUCUCACAUGUAAUUUCACCCCAUAUAUGAUCAAUAUAAUCCUUUAGUGUCAUCCAUAGGUCAGCUUGGCUCAGGAGAAUCGAAGCAGCAGCAAUGACCUUCAGUCCAUAACUGUCCCCUGGUAGGUCCUUGUUAUUCUUGGGAUGCAAUACUCUGGCUAUGGAGACUUUAAACAUACCAUAGCAAUAUAUUUUAUUUUAUUAUGCUGUCUUUUUUAAAUUGAAAGGAUAUACCAUUCACACUACAUGAUAAGAUAAUUAGGCAUUAAAAGCACUAUCAUCUUUUAUGGCACUGCUGUAAUGUCAGGUUUUUAUCUUUUGUGAUUGAAUACAACACGGUAUUUGCAUUUUGACACGGUAGUCAGUAUCAGCAAUGAAUUGUGUGUUAUGCAAAGGCAUAACUCUGAGUUGAUGGAGUCAAUUUACAUGUACUGUAAACAAAUAGCUUUUUAUUUUCAUUCAGCACUUUAUAAUAAGGUGCUGCAGUGCACAUGGGUAAUUCACCACCAUUAUGCUUGUGUUCCAAUAGAAAAUGUACUUACAUAUGUUUUGAAUAGUUCAUUGUAAAUGAUCCUACUCUCAUGAAAGUAACGGUACAAUAAAAAGGAAGAGCAGUUUAUGAACCCCUUCAGAUUCUGUUGGAGAACAUAUAACCCUAAAAGCACUAACCUGUGUACAUUCUGACAAACCAAUGUCAAAAUCCUUAUUUUCUCUCAUUUUGAAAGGUUAGGACUUUAAGUCAAGCAUCAAGUUACGACAUAAAAACAAAUAUUGUGAAUGUGUGCAAUAGUAAAACCAAAAUACAAUGUGGCUUGAAAAUCUGCACAUUUGGCACAGAAGAUGAAAAACGAUAUCGCUUUUGUGUUUUAAGUUGAUCACGUGGGCCAAAUAGUGAAAUAGAAAAUAAAAAGUUCUUAUAAAAGCUUGACAUUUGGCACGAAGUAUGGACUAUAUGUACCUUUAAAAGACCACCUGGGCUAGAAUACCACUCCAGAUUUGGCCUAUUAGGCGGGAAAGCUACUAUUUCUCACAAGCCCCACUGAAUCCCUCUGUAAAAAAGCUGAUAUUCUACACAAUAAUUUGUUUACUCCAGAUUUUGCCUCACAAUAAAGUAUAUUUUCAGGUCAACCAAAACAACUCAACAUGUUGUUACGUGUCUCAGUUUUACUGAGUUUAUAGCCCAGGGCAUUCCAAAGUUAGAGCUCAACCCAAUGAACUUGGAUGUGUUUUAAAAAAUGAAUAUGUUUUGGGGGUAUACCUUUUAGGGGUUGAAAUGUGCCAGUGCCUUUAGGGUUAACUAAUUUAGCUGACAUUUGACUGCACUGGUUAAAUGUCUCUAUUUCUUAUAUUCUGCUGAGACUGUGCUGCUGUUUGAAACAGUGUCUGAAGAAUGUGAUUCCAUUAGCUGAGACUUUGCCUUAUCUUCCGAGACACUUGGGCAUUGUACAUUUACAUAAAGUGUUUCCUAUGAAACAUGGUUUAUUGCCAAGCAAAGGUGUACGAAAGUAGAAAUCAAUCAUGUCUUUACUUUUUAUGUAUGAAACAAAACCUAUUGUAUUGUAUACAUGUUAAUAGUCAACUGAAUGUUCUAGUACCAUUACUGUUAGUGCAAUUUGAUACUAAUGCCUGGAUUCAAUCUUUAGCGGCUUAGAGGCAUUGGAGCUUUUAAAGUUAAUCUUCUCUAACAUUACAUUUCACCUUAAAGGCUCUAAAUGUCAGCCCAAUAUGAAAUUUCCUUUAAAAGCUGCAAGGCCUAAAACCUUCCUUCAGAUUCAAUUCAGGUCUUGAUGUCUCUUCUCUAGAUCUUGCAAAAACAUAAUAUAUUAUCUGCCCCCUGUGGCUGUAUGUUCAUUGAUCACACCAGAUGUACGUAUCUGUCAGUGGAAUGGUAUGUCACAUAAAUAAAAGUAUAUCAACACCA